AUGGCAUUCCAGGAUGUGGCAGAACUGCACCUGGCCUUGAAGGCACGCCAUAGGAGAUCAGAUGGCCAUACGAAUGAAGUUGUCGACCCCUUUCCGCGGGAGAAAUGGAACGGUGUUGUGCCAUCGGUCCGCUAUCAUAGCGCACGACUGGGCCUUUGCGUGUCAUCUACCACUUCCGUCCCUUCUCUUUGCUACUCUUAUUCUCCUCUCAAGGGAAUGACCUCGAUGAUGGAGGAGACUUCACUUUCUUCCAGUUGA